AAUAAACAAAGCAUGGUCUUGAACAGAUACAUUUGUCAAAAGUUUGCUUAUUAAAGAUCGUAUUCCUAAAGACUACAUAUAACCAUGGCGAUCAAUCUUGGAAUUGAAAACAAUCGGACAUUACAUAUACAAUCGAUGCAUGUUAUCUAAAUGAAUCCGCUUUUAAUUUAAAUAUUGCAGAUAUCUAUCAAAUAACUUCUCAAAUUCGACUUUUUAUUUUCGUAUAAUGCCAAAAAUAUGGAGUUGAAGAGAAUGUAUAUAGUAAGUGCUACAUCAUUAGUUUUAGUAAUUGCAUGGAUUUUAAUUCCGAACAAAAUUUUAAAGUCAUGGAAUGAUAAAACAAGGAAUAUAAUUGGAACUCAACAUAAUGUGGAAGUACUCCUGCAUGUACCUCCUACAAACUAUUUGGAAGUAAUUCGUAGUGACUGUGGUUUGUUGUGUAAUACAUCGAGAAAAGGAUCACCUGGACCGUAUUUUGAUCAUAUUAACGCAGAUAUUGAUUGUUACGCGUUAUUUAGAAACGCAUAUAUAGACCUUGGUCAUGAGCUAUCACAUGCACCAAAAUCAAUUCCCAAAAAUCUUAUGGUUGAAUAUACAAUGAACAACCGCAUACCAGUAACAUAUUGGUAUUUUGAUAAUCAGUAUUUAGGUAAAGAAGCCAGAUUACCGGUUUGGACUAAUAAGGUUAUUGAGGAAUGGAUAUUCAAUGCAAAGAAAGGAAAAUUAGGCGGAAGUUAUGGUACUGGAGAAACAAAUGCCCUAAGAUAUGCUCUGAGACAUGCACCCGGUAUUGUCGAUGGUAGAGUUAUGGUGAUAGGUUCCGAAAAUCCAUGGGUUGAGGCAUGCGUAUUAGCAGCAGGUGCGCGCGAAGUAUUGACAUUGGAGUAUGGUCGUAUUGCAUCCCAACAUCCAAAAGUAAAAACCAUAGUUCCGUUUGAAUUUCGUAUGCGUUACCUAAACAAUACUUUGGGAAAAUUUGAUGCCAUUGUUACAUUUAGCUCUAUAGAACAUUCAGGAUUAGGACGAUAUGGGGAUGCAUUGAAUCCAUGGGGAGAUAUCAUAGCUAUAGCACGUUCUUGGUGUGUAACUAAACCUGGAGGCUCUCUUACUAUAGGUGUACAGUAUAAUUAUGAUAAUGAAAUCCUUAAGUUUAACGCUGGUAGAUGGUAUGGUAAAAUAAGAUAUCCAUAUUUAACUACAAACUGGAAACAACUCUACAGAGGUAAUGGCUCGCAGCGUGUUCAUGUGUUUACGAAAUAA